UUCUAGACAACAUUCUAACCACACCAGUGGUUAACAAGUUUUGUACUAGUUCAAAUACUGUAGUAAAAUGGAAAUAAAAUUUAAUGAAAUUUUCGUAUAUGCCGUCAUCACAACUUUCGGUUUUUCUUCUGCGGAUAUUUUGAGUAGCGAACUAAAAUCCCAUACCACAGAUAAUAAUUAUGAUAUUACUGCAAUUUACAAGUCAACGAAAAACGCUAAACCGGAAAAUUGCUAUGGUCCAAGUAUUAGAAAUCAAUUGGACGUUAACUUUUGGCCCAAUGAAAAUAGAAGUUAUUGGAACGAUGAAUUUAUGAACUAUACUGCGAAUACCAAUUGUUACAAAGUUGAAAUUCAUUUAAGAACGAACGCUAUUGGCUUACCAAUAACGUAUGAUGGAAAAUUGUUGAGUUUUGGUAACAAAGAUUUCGAGGUUAUUGCAGAUUCGACAUUUGGAAAUAUAUUCAAUUAUAUAGACUAUGACGAAAGAAAGAAUUGGGAUUUGGUCAGUCGCGGAAUAAAUGAUAAUAUCUAUGUCUAUGAUAACAAGCGACGUACAGCUUCAAAAAAUCCUGAUAUCAAGCCGUACAAUUCAAGCAUGUAUAUCGGUAUCUUACUACUCAUAUUGAAUUCUAGAUCUUCAAUGGAAAUAUUUAAAAAAAAUCAUCCAAAUGCCAUUUUAUCUCAUAGUUUUGAGCGAACAGACUACACCAUAAAAACGUUAGUAUUACGUACAAAUGAGAUAUUUUGGGAAAAUGAAGAGUACGAAUUGCGACUUAAGUUCGACUCCCAAUCUGAUUUUGGAAUAAAGAGAAUAGUUCAAUGUCCGGGAUUAAAUGAAUUUGAAGAAGUUUACACUAGUCUACCUAUGCAAAAGUAUCCAUCUAAAGUCGGAAUUUAUCCAUUUGGAAAUCCAAGUAAAAACAAUUUCGGGUUUUGGCCAACUCCAAAAGACAAGCCAUGUUAUAACGGAGGGAUAUAUGUAAAUAAGAAAUGCGUCUGUCCACCAGGGUUUAAAGGAGAUAACUGUGCAUUUGCAUGUGGGCCAAAUAAAUUCGGUUUUGACUGUACCGGCAUUUGUUCAAUGGAGGAAGAUAACUGCAAAGGAGCGAUAAUUUGUACGAACAUUUUCUCAUGCCAGUGCACUACUGGAUACACUGGCAAGUUCUGUGAAGAUGAAUGUCCUCGGGGAUAUUAUGGAUUCGGUUGUAACCAAAAGUGUUCAGAAAAUUGUCUUUCUGAUGAAUGUAAUAUAUUCUCCGGUGCAUGUACUAAAGGAUGCAAGAAUGGUUAUAUAAUGCCAAAUUGUAUAGAAAAGUACCCUUGGCUAAUAAUUGCGCCUAAAUUAGUAUCAUCUAAUAUGCAAUCGAUGACUUUGAAUUUCGACUUGUCUUUUGACAAUAUUGGUGGUAGUCGACAGAAAAAACCCACGUAUUACCAUAUAAUGUAUAAGCCAGUUUCGAGUGAAGGAAAUGUUCAAUACACGAAUAUAAAAUACAUCCAACCGCGUAUUAGUAAUAUAACAGAAACCAUCGAUGGGUUAGCAUUUGAUACGUUGUACAGAGUCGGCGUUGUAUUAUUAUCAGAAGACGGGAAUUUCAACGAAGAUGUAAAAACCGCUCAGUAUACGACCACUUGUUAUGAACCUGUUGACGUUAUUUAUAACUUAAUGCUACAUAGCAAAGAUCCAAAGUCAAUAACCGCUACUUGGAAAAAGCACACUCGACGAAGUGAGAACGAAUGCAAAAUAUACUAUCAUUUAACACUUAAGUUUAACCAUACUACAGUGUCUGAAAAUCAAAUAAGUGAAGUUCCGUACGUGGUUAACUUUACAAAUUUAUUGUCUAGUUAUCUAUACACUGUCGAAAUUCGAGCGCAUACAGCUUUAGGAUUAAUAAACCGGACAGAAGUAGCUCAUACAAGCACUAAGCCAACUAAAGGUAAUAUUAUAUUAAGAAACAUUAAAGGUAACGCUGAUGCUUUUAACCAUAGCAUUCGUUUGACAUGGGAACUUGCCGAUUCAUUAAUAGGAGACUCAAUAAAUUACACCAUUAAAUAUAAGGUACACAGAUAUUUUAGUUGUUCUCAUCAUCCAGUUGAAAGCAAUUGGACAACCGAUAAUAUUUAUGGCCGAUUGAUGUAUGAAAUCUUGAACUCAACACCGAACACACAAUAUAUAAUAAACGUUGAACCUAGUAUUAAUUCAGAGUCAUUGGAGAAUACAGUUUUUGUUAAAACACCAACUUCGACACCAAAUUUAGCUCCUGCUGUCGACAAAAACCAAUCGUUAUAUAUAACUAAUCAGUCUGUCACUGUCAAGUGGAUUUUCGAUCAAAAUCAAUGCACCAAGCUUAAUGGAUUUUUUUCAGGAUACCAUUUAAUACUGAAGAAUUUAGAAAAUUAUACAGAAACGGUAGAUGACACUAAAAUUAAUACCAAGGAGUAUGUUAACCUUAAUCCAAACACAAAAUACGAGAUACAAAUUUACAUAAAAAAUAAUGAUGGAUAUAAUCCCAAUUAUAUGCUAGCAAUACCGUUUAAGACAAAAUCUCAGUUUCUAUCGCCUGUUGAAGAUUUAACCGUCUAUAAAAAAGAUUCUAAACAAAGGGCAAUAUCUCUUCGCUGGAGAUACCCAGAGGAUGAAGAUAUUGAAGUCUUAAAUUUUAUAAUCACAAUGACUAAAGACAACGCUUUAACUAAUUUCAAGGAAAUCCGCGCAAAUAAAGAUAAAUGCACAGGUUGGCCCAAUUAUUACUGUGCAACCAUUUCAAAUUUAACGCCUAAAGAUGAAUACACUUUUAAGGUGAAAGCUGUGUCACAAGAUUACGCUGAAGGAGGUCUACCCGCAUCAGUCAGUUGUAACUUCAUAGACGGGUUUUCAGACGAGCCUGGUAAUUUAAGAGCUACACUUAUCGGCUCGAAUAAUAUCACAUUGCAAUGGGACAUUCCGUGGAUUUUGAAUGGCCUUUUAAAAUCGUUUAUUGUAACCACUGAAGAAGUUACAGCUUUAGACAUGGAAACUUGCUGUGCAAGUCUUCCCGAUGUUGAGAUAAACGUUUCAAAAGAAGUUCCAACUUAUAACUGCACGUUGACUAAUCUAAAACCAGGUUCUACGUACUCGAUUGGGGUAUUGUCGAAAACAUCAUGGUAUGGACUAGCAAAACGAAUUUUCGUGACUACGUUGUCAACUGCCACAUCACAAACAGAGACCAAAAUAUUAGUCUAAUAAAAAAUGUUACAUGUUUUUCACAAUUAUUCUUGAGCUAAUAAUUAUAAGUAUCGUCAUAAUAAAAAUUGUAUUUUACUAUUGAUAAAAAAAGCCAAAAGCGAAGGUGAUUUUGAACCAGAAUUACAAAUUAAACUUACUAAGAAUAAUUGUAAGUUUUUUUUUUUAAUUAAAAACUAAAUAUAACAUGUAAUCUAGUUUAUUACUUUAGCUUUAAAUUAAAAAUUUAAAUACAAAAUUAUGCACAAUAUAAUAUUGUGUCCGUAUA